AUUACCUCACUUACUCACUCCAAUGCGGACAACAUUUUUUCUUCAUUCAGGUGAAGUGUGAGCCCUACUGGUCUGACACAUCUGACCUUGAAGCGGGACCCUUUUCUAUCACUGUUACCAAGGUCAUGCACAGGGCAUGCUGGGUCAUCAGAGAACUCACUGCUACAGUCAAGGAGACCGGUGAACACAGAAUUUUCUACCAGUUCCACUUCACAAAAUGGCCGGACCAUGGAACUCCAGACGAAACUCACCUGAUGGAGUUCUUGUGGCGGGUCGAAAGACGCCCAACCCUGACAACUCUCCUGUGUUGGUACACUGUAGCGCUGGGAUAGGUCGCACUGGAACCUAUAUCGCGCUGGAUUACCUGCUCGACAGGGCUCUGAGUGACCGGAAAGUUGAUGUGUUCAGGUUCGCAUGUGACAUGAGACGUCAGAGGAGAAACAUGAUUCAGACGAAGGAGCAGUAUGCCUGUGUGAACACGACUCUGUACGAGGCUCUGACGGAGCAGUAUGCCUGUGUGUACGACUCUGUACGAGGUUCAGACGGUGGGUUGUAUGUGAGGAUUCCAGACA